CAAUGGACGUGGGUGUGGGAAGCGGACAUACAAAGCAGUUGCAAUCGGAUGAUGGAUGAUGUCGACGAAUGGAAAGCCGCCAAAGUUAAAGGGUGCAAACUCAGCAUUGCUGAGUUUGUGCACCAUAAAUACAAGAGAAGCACAGGAGCUACAGCUGGGGCUUCAGGCCGUUGCUUCUUGGAAGCAUUCCAUUCAUCGCUGUACCUGUUUGGGCUUGGGGGACUGGUAACGGUCGAGCUUUGGAAUGCGUACGCUCAAGCUUCCAAGAAGGAUUUUUCGGAAGGCGUCACCACUGGAGAGCAGGUUGAGUUCUACAGGUUUGCCUGUUCAUAG